AUGAGGGAAGUGGACAUUGGAAGGAACCUACUGAUACUAGCUGGAAAAAGCUGGGACCAUGAGAUGAACCCCUGUUGCAAGGCCAUGAUUGGGCACCUUGUUCGCCGGGAGUGCUACUGCUCCUGGUUUCAGCCCAUGGGUGGGUCUGUGUUCGACCAGUUCCCAGCCAUCCGGAUCGGAGAGAAGUACUUCACGCUAAGCCUCAGGGUCCAGAAGGCCAUGUUCCGGCAUGUGCGGUUGACCAAGAAUUUCAACAAUGUCGAGCGGCUCCCUGAUGGCAACCUGAAGCUCCGCAUACCCACCCAACUCCUUAUGGAGAAGCAGCGGACGGCGUCGCGGUUUAAUGUUAUGCGAAGCAAGGACGGAAGUGAGCAGCCAUGUAAGAGAGCAAGGUUGGACAAGAAGUGGAACACCACAGAAGUGUUGGAUAUCACCGAUAUCAUCGACAACAUCCUGAUGCCUAUGAAGGACAAGGCGACCUACACCACCUUCGGAUUUUGUCAGGUAUACAAGGUGUGGGACACGGGGGCUGCCUACAUCUCUAACUACCAGCUCUACCCCGACCUGCAGAACCUUGGAUUCAUCAUCGACAAUGUGUACAACCCCUCGUUCAUCCAGCAAUCGGUGCUGAAUUGCUUCUCCGAGUCCGUGCGCGUGGGAACCGGAACGGAUGCCUGCCUCCUCGGCUACCUCACCCUGAUGAACACAAGCCGUGUGAAUUACUUCCUGUAUAGCAUCGCAAGCUUCUCCUCCGACAAUGCGGACUAUGCAGACAUCGAUGGCUGCGAGGUCUUCACGGGUCCGGCACAGAACCCCAAUCCGGCGAUUGCCCACGAGUUCAGCCAGUGCCUCAGCACCUCGCUCUCCUCACAGUGCCAGCUCCCACAAUACAUCUGGUCGGGGAGGACGAGCAACCGCGUCCCGAUCGCCUCGCUGCAUGCGGUGAGCUACGUGCCCGGAUCGCAGGCCCUGUACCAAUCCGUUCAGGACGAGUACGAUGCGGUGGCGGCGGAGGCCAGGGCGCUAUUCACACCCGAGGUGCUGGGCUGGUCCAACACAGAGCUGGACCUCAACUUCUUCUCGAUGGAGGGGGAUGUCAUCCACCAGCUCUUCGACUGUUACUUCCUAGGGCCGUUCUCCGCAGCCGAGCUCUGGCCGUCGGGCGGAUCGCGCUCGCUUCAGGUCCUUCAGUACUACCGUUCCUCUACCCUGGAUCGCACAUUCCAGAUUCCAUCGGCAGGCUGCGACCCGGCACAAGACGCAUGCUGCCCACAGGUCUCUCCCUUCUCCUGCGGCGGGCCGGGAAGGAUGGCAAUUAUCCACAGCUUCAUCCAGACGCUGAAGAGAUUCAACACCGAUAGCAGCAACAACCUGCUCCGACAGGCCGUGCAGAAUGGAGUGAGGGCGAAGCUGAGGCAAUUCCGCGAUGUCCUCACAAACACCCUCCUCUUUGGCUGCCAGUGCGGAGACGGAACGAACAACCUCCGUUGCUGCAAGGCCAACGAGCCGGACCUCUGGACUUCGAAGGACAUCCAGGGCAUCAACUUUGACAUCCUAGAGACGGAGGAUGUGCUCUCGGGCAUCUACGAGAAGAUCAACCAGCACAUCAUCGACAUCUACACCAAUGUGACAAUGUUCAAUGAAUACUCCUCCAACCUCACGGAGAGCCAGAAGACGCAGGCCAAGGAUGAGUCCCUGUUUGACACCUCGAAACCCAUCCUCCGGUACGACACGGAGGACAUACUCGACCCGAAAUCGUCGCAGAACCUCUGGCAGGUGUGCACCAACGUUCUCUCGCAGACCUUUGCCGUCCUCCCUCUCAACAGCACGCUGGACGGGCUUGCCCUCGACACCAUCUACAGCGCCUACCAGCACGAUGCCACUGCGAACCCCUCCUCGGCAUACGUUGACGGCAUCGAGGAGACGGUACAGACACUGCUCUCCAAGGCCAAGGCAGAGUCGCCGUUCUAUCACGGAUUCAGGGGAGGGGAUGUGAGGUACAUGCCAUCCAAGAGCCAGCGAGAUAUGCAGCUGUCGGAUGUCUGGGGAAUUGUGAGCGACACCAAGGUGGACAAGUGGGCCGCGGGGGUGCAGGGCUCCCUCUUGGGGGGUUACGACUUUGACUGGGCGGACCUCCUCACGCAUGGCACAUCUGGGUUGAGGCUUGCCAACAUGGAUUACCUACAGCAGAACUACCCGGAGUUCCUCAAUCCCUCGUCCCGCAAGCACAAACUGUACAAUGCAGACACCGACACCAGUGCUGCCAUCGAGGAUUGCAUCGAUGACACCAACAGCGAUCACUCCAGCAAUGGGUUCAAGGACUACGUCAAGGACCUGGCAAGGGUGGAUGCACACUUCCGCGAUCAUCUGAUGCCCAUGGCGAGGACGGUUCACUCCUCGUCCACCGAGGCGUUCUGCUCAAGGUUCGUGCUGGAGCUGGCACGGCUGGAGGCCCUGCUGCACGUAGACGCCAUCUAUCAAUCCACCACACCGAACCCAGAGAUAGGGUCACAGAGGACAACGGUGGAUCUCUGGAGGCUGCGAUGUGUCACACAGGUGCGGCUUGUCUCGCUCUGCAAUCUGCAUGGGAUCUACGACAUUGUGCCAUCUGGCGGCCUCUCCGCCACCUUUGACAGCUCCAAGUGCCCCUAUUCUCAUUCUGUGAGCUGCACCAAUGCCUACGCAACCUCGGACUGCCUUGUGUACUGCGACGGGGUCUUCCACGACCCGUGCCUCUGUGCAAGCCUGCAGGGUGUGGCAUGCAAGGGAUACACCUGGUCCGACACCACCGGCACCUGCAAGCUCCCCAUCGAUCCGCGCACCCUCGACGACGACGACAUGCGCCUGUCCACCAUGACCGUGCCAACGGUGGUUCCGAGCGAGGAACUGCAGAACACAGGUCUAUCCGCUGCGGACAUGCAGACCCUCGCAUCCAGCAUCAACACCUACGAGCAGCAGUAUAUCGACACCUUCCAGAUGACUCUCAACGACAGGCGCAACCUGCAGACGGUGUCGAUCCUCGGUGGAAGGCUCGGGGAGGGCCUCCUAGCAGGGACGACGCUGGGGAGCAACGAGCACGCCGAUGCCCUCCUCGACUACUGGCCAAGCCACUGGAUCCACCCGACGGGUUACCAUGUCACCACCGGCUGCCGGCACACGGAGACGGCAUACAGGGCAUUCGACACCUGGAUGUCCGUCGAUUACGACACUGCCACCGACGAGCGCUACCUUGUGCUCGACACGCGGAGACUGCAGAACGAGACGCUGCUUCGCAAUUACUUUGGUGCCGCCUCCACCUGCAGCUCGGCAUCCUACGGCAUGCCCAUGUGGGAGACCAACAACGUGAGGCUCCAAAGCCGAUGGGCCAGCGGGCAGAGGAUGGAUCCCACACAGCCCAUCAAGGCGGACACCGCCCCCUCUGGCACCUUUGUGCAGUCCACGGCUGCAACGAGCUGGAGCGAUGUCCCAAGCAACGGCCGGCAGUCGGACCAAUCCUUCCCAUCGUCGGGCAUGCUAUACCGCUGGUGGCCAGGCAUGCUCCCAGCGGUAUCCUGGCCCCAGUCGAGCACCGACCUGCAGCGCUACCGCCUCCCCAAUCACACGGCGGUGGGAUGGAACGGGGACUGCGGCCAGACCGACUUCUUUACCUGCACCGCGGACGGGGACUGCGUCUCACUCUAUGGGGAGGGUUUCAAGUGCCUGAGGGCAUGGUCGGACGCGGAGGGGAAGGAGAUGGACGGGGUGUGCGUAGUGCAGAAUGCAUUGGCAAUGGAAUGCUACCAGAACUAUCACUGCGGUGCUUCCGGAAGGGUCUGCACCGGCAUGGGAACCUGUGUGGAUCCGCACGUCAUGCUGCGGAACUACGCCCCGUGGCCCGUGGAGAUGCAUGUCAAUUCGGAGGCAUGCGGCACGGAGACCCUCGGUCAUUCACCCUGGCAGAACUCGCAGGACUUCCUCUCCCGGCACGGGCUCUGCGGCUUCCGCUCCUGGUUCGAGUACGAGCAGCUGAUCGCCCGCUCCGGGGUUGCGGGUGCUGCAACAGCGACACUGGCAAAUAUCCCCGAUGACAUCCAAUGGCCCAGCACAGACCCAUACCUCACCGACGCGCAGAUACGGCUCGACAUGUUCGACCGCGGGAUCCUGAAGAUGGAGCCUCACACCUGCGAUAUGGACUACCAGUUCCAGUUCCCAUCCUGUGUCGGCAAUCCAUCCACCACCGUUGACAGCGUCGGGAUCCCCUUGCCGGUGGAGGCACAGGGGGAGACUACCAGGACCUGGGUCUCGUCGGGUGACAACAAGUGGUCCCUGCAGCUCUGCAAGCUCGGCAGCCUGGAGAGGAAGAGGACGGGAUUCCUGGCCCCUUACCAGGGGUACAACCGUGAGGACUCCUUUGGGAACAUAUCCCUCUCCCUCUCCAUGUGCUCCGAACUGCAGAUCUGCUUCUUGCAGGACUUCUAUGUCAUGGGAUACAAGAUGCAGGGCAGGUUGAUCAACAGGCUCAACCUGCAGAACCUUGGCACGAGGAGGGACGCCUACACCCUGCAGGACGCGCUGUAUUGCGGCAGUGCCGGAUAUCUUGUGGAUCUGUCAACCUCCUCCACAACCCUCACGGAUGGGGUCCCAUGCCGUAUGGACCCAUUGACCAACCCCAUCGCGCGCAUGCUAUGCGAGGACUACGACGUCCUCAAGGCCUCCUGUCAGUUCAAUCCUUCGUACAUCAACGAGCAGGCAGUAGGCACCCUCUGCCGCUACUACAAAUACAGCUAUGCAUUGGCAGACCGGAACAAGGUGGCAAGCGCGUUGAACGACAUCCUGCUCCGUGGUUUCAAGCGAGGUUUCAACACCUGGGAGGAGUACCAGCAGCAGGCAGUGUGCAUCGCGAAUGUGUACAAUACGAUGUCGCUCUACGCGCAGUCCGAAUCAACCAACGAGGCAACACAGUGGUAUGCAUACGAGUUCGAGCCCGGGGUGCCCACCUACUUCUACCCCUACAUGACGCUGUACUUUUAUGAUGACGCCUCACAGAUGGAGAUCCCGAUGAAGUGGUGGGCGCAGUGCGUCAUUCUAGACGGCGACGUGAACAUCGACGGCAUGAUCGCCGGCAACAUCGAUCAAGUGCCCUGUGCGGGCUGGAAGAACUCACACACCGCGGGCUAUCAACCAUCGACGGUGAGGCAAUUCCUGAUGAUGGCCAAUGCGCUGUACCUGCAAUCAUCGAGGCGGGCGGUGGUGAACCAAGACCAGAUUGCCCUCAGCAUCUACGACACGCUGUACUCGAAGCUGCUCCAAGCGCAGGCCGACGUCACGGCAGCGAUGGGCUAUUCCUCGCACCCUGAGUACAUCAACCUGACUUACGUGCAGCUGCGCAAGCUCCAGAGCCGUUACAACCACGAUUGGGCGUACAACCAAUACACCACCUCGAGCGAUGUCAUCUCCGACAGCACCAAGAUCACCAACACGGACCCUGUCUAUCAGGACGACGGCGGGCUCCCAGCCGACGACGGAAUCCCAGCGCUGCUCACCCAGGUCCUGCACUUCAUCCUCAGCGGUGACAUCAACCUGGGAUACGCCGCUGCCAACUCGGGGGUGAACCGCACGGCGAGGGCAAACCUGGCAUUCCAGAGGGCGGAUUUCGCGGCAGACUUCCUCUCGCGAGACAAGCAGUACUUCGAUGCCACCAGCGGCAUCCUGCAGUACAACUUCCCGAAUAUCUUCCGGCGAUUCCUAGACUCGGAGCUCGACUCGAUCCUGUCCUCCGUGCUGCGUGAAGAUGAGCCGCUGGAGGAUUUUACCUACGGAGACGUGCAAUACAACGGUGCACUGUUUCGAAAGUAUCAGAGCCUCAUACGGGACAACACGCUGCAAACCACCGCAUGUCUGUACAGCAACUUCCCCAAUUACGAGCCUGGGAUCACCAAGAACCUAGAUCAAGAUCCCGAGGUGCGACUCUGUGACUCUGCGCAGAACUGCCGUUCCAUCAAUGUCUGCAAUCCAACCCCAUCCUACGACCAACGCACGGGGCAGUCCUGCGAUUUGCUUCAUGCUUCGCAGGAUGACAGGUGCACCAACACGUACCUUAACGCCCCAGGGGUGAACGGUGGGAAUAACAUCUCCAUGCAGACGCAUUGCAAGCAGUUCCUCUUUGUGCGGGACAUACAAAGCGCCGUCAACCCUUCGCUGACCUCGGUGCAGUUCACAACCAUUGAUCUCGACGUCACCAACCCAGCUGGCGACAUCUGCUUGCGCACCGACUCCACCUGCCUGCGGGACAGCCAGUCGCUCGGCGGGUUCUCCACCCCCGUCGACCUUGUGCAGUCCGUCAGGGGUGUUGACAUCUACGUGUUCUACCGCGACGGGACGGCGGGGAGCCGCGAUCCCAAUGCGGACGAGUUCUACUCUGCGGAAUACCCCAGGACGAGCACGAGAUGGUACCCUGCCUGGGUCGACUGCUUCAAUGUCACGGGGGUGAACAAGAGCCACCUGCUGUCAUGGACGGGCUGGGAUGCGGAGACGGUGGGAUCGGUGCAGAGCACGCUGAACUCAUGGUAUGCCGGGACGGGGCAGCAGCCCAACUUCGCCGUCCUCUCCAACGAGGCAAUCUGGAGCCGGUACGGGGCAAGGCCCACUGGGGUCUCUACACGCUGCAGCACCGAUUCCUGCACUACGAUCCUGGGAUCGGUGAGCCCCUGCCCUGGCAAGGUCUGCAAUGUUGCCCGCGACAACAGCCUCGUGCAUGCCAUUGCCCUGCAUCUGCAGAAUGCAACGGAGAUCUUCUGUGCCAGCAGCGCGACGGACGCGCUCUCCAAGUGCCCGCUGAGGUCGGUGAAUCAGAGCGUAUUGGCAGAGAUCAUGGACAACCUCUGGAUCUGCAAGAGUGACUGCGCCCGCGUGCCGUUGCUCAAGUAUAUCGGAAAACACCUCUACCGCUACAGGAGGAUCGACGAAUCCGUUCUUGGCUUCACAAGCUCUGACAGGAACUACAUCGGCCUCACAGGGCAGAGCUCAGCGGCCAAUGGGUAUACACAGAAGGAUGCAUUCCGGCUCAUGCACUUUCUUGUGUCAAGGCAGAUCACGUCUGGCAACGGCCUUCUCCCUUCCGACCUGUACAACCAGCUGUGGAUAACGCCGGAUUUCCUCAGCCUUGCAUUCAUGGACACCAACGACAAGUAUCCAGACACAACGCUGAACCUCUACGAGCUGAACAGCUACAGGGCACAGGCCGAGACUAUGCGUCUCCAACCCCUCGACAAGUGCAUCAACCAGAUUGUCAAGACCACCGAAUGCACACCGGCGUCACACAGGGAGAGCCUCAAGUCGUGCCUUGCGCAGUACAAGCGGAAGUCUGCAAGCGUCGCUGACCUCGAGCAAUCCGUGCUAACCAAGCUCACGGCUGCACAGGUGACCUCGAUGCACAGCCUGCACUGGGCCAAGGCUGCGAGGCCGUCGCGAGAUCAAUACCUCGAUUGGGUGCUGAGCGAUAUGCGCUGCGAGGAGACGCUGCAGUCCGAAGCCGUUUGCUACAGGACCUUCGACGGCUACGUGCUCUCGCUCAACCCAUGGCUGGGCGGGGGCUUCAACAUCAGGGAUGCCUGCGACACGGUGGUGCUCCCCAAUGAGUUCAGCACCGUCAUCAGCGGGGGUUGCAAGACCGGGAUCUCCGCCUGCACGGAGUACAACUCCCUGGUCUAUGCCCAGUGCAUCACAAAGAACAACCAGCCCCCAUCCCGCAUCGACAUCCUGAGCACUGCAGGCAACAACCUCUGCAACCGCGGGAUUCGCGUCAACACAACCUGCCUGCACGAGCAGGGGAGCUUUGGCGGCGGGUCCGGGACGACGAUGGAGGAUCUCUAUACACGCCCGGCCACCUCCAUGCCUUACUCGGGCAUCUUUGGCUCGAAUCCAAACCCCGCGUUCCAGGCCCGCUCGCCACAGUUUGGCAUCCUGAGGCAGUCGCAGAUGGACAUCGGGGGGUCGCUCCUCGUCGCCGACCUCGCCCCGCUGCCCGACGGCGUCACGCACAACCUGCUGCCGAAAUGCCUGCCCCUUGCCUAUGCAACCAAUGCGGAUACCUCCCCGAGCACCCCAGGGAUCGACCCAUGCGCAUCCAACAACCUCGAUUGGCUCAAGACCUACGCCAUCGAUUCCCGCUCGGAUUACGAUCUGAAUGCGGCCGAGCUUGGCAGCGCAUCGCAGAACGGGGCGGUGUCCUGGGACUGCCCUGUGAGGGAGAUGCACUACUGGGGAGGAUCAUCGCAGUCCUUCCGUCCCAAGGCACCCUACGGGCCCCGUGCAGCGACGAUGUUCUCGGAGACCAACCAGAUGGGCGGCACGGUAGGGAACGGGAUGUCCAACCCCAUGCAGCCCUUUGGAACCACGAUCCCAGACCUCGCAGACCCAUUCUUCGUGAGCGAGAUCUGCAGCUGCUCCUCGAAGUCCGACUGCUCCUUCCUCACCACCGACACGGCGAGCAGCUGUGGGCUGUACCAGACGGUCGAUCUCCUCACCGGGAACCAAUGGAAGACCAAGCAGAGCUACGCGGGAACUCAGGGAUGCAAGCGGAGCCUUGACUGGCCCAACACCAAGGGCGUCCUCCGCGACGGUACCGACCUAGGGAGUGCGGCACAGAACACAGACUGCCCCGUCCACGAUCGUCUCAGGGAGUUCCAGCUCAGGUAUCUCCCUGUGAGCAUCACGGCGGAUGCCGGCAUCACCACCCUGGACGCGGGAGGGGAAUGCCACACAGGGCGCCUCGUCCGCGUCCCAAGCACCGUUCCCAUCGGGGGGAGAUGCCACCGGUACAACUUCUCACACCUCGAGUGCAGCAUCACAACCCUCAUCGCAGGGAAGCCAGUGACGGACACCUCCUUUCACGCCCUCGACGUCCCAUCCCCAACGGACUUUGUCACGCAAUUCCAGGCCAAUCAUAGGAGGACAUUCCAGGAGUGCCAGCCCUCCCCACAGCUCAGAUCCUACGUCGACAGAACCGACAACGCCAGGAACCCCGUAUCCAGCAGCAUGAGACAAUUCACAAGCUUUGGGGUUCCCGUGAGGCUCUCCCUCUCCCGCACGAUGGCACAGGACCUCCGAAGGCAGAUCUGUGGCAAUUCCAUCGAUUGCCCGUUGCUCGACAAUGCCAUCGACCCGAGCAAGUGGACCGUCGACAGCUUCCUGCAGGCCUACCUGCAGGAUUUCACCUCCCUCUUCCAGAUACAAAGCAGCGCCUCCAUCUCCACCCCGGCGCCGCCCAAUCCCGUGAAUGACAGCAAGUUCUGGGACAGGGAAUGGGUCUUCUGCUCUGACAGCGACCGGUACUCCAAACCCUACUCCAACAGGAAGUGCUACGGAUCCAUCCCGAAAGAGACCUGGCUUGACCCUAAGCAGCGCUUCGGUGCGUGCCGCGAUGCCAUGUCGGCGGCCCCAACCACCAGCACGAUGAUCCCCAUACGCAUAUGGACGCUCGACUCUACGAUGAACAACCUCUCAACGCACGUCGCCAGCCUCCUGCAGAGGAUACAGGCUGCCAACUGCAAGGCCGCGGGGGUGUGCGUCGAAUCACGCUUCCUCUACAACCCGUCGGCCUACAGCAUAUCCAACCAGGCCUUUGUGACGCAGACGGUGCUGGACUUCUACCAGUCGGUGAGCAGCGAGGCGUGCUCCUCGGUGUACACCACGCAGGAGAUCCAGGCGGUGAUCGCACAGAACAACAACAUGAAGAAGCAGUGCGCGGCAGAGUUCCUUGUCCCUAUCUACAAGCUGUUUGGGGACCUGAGGCAGAUCGUUCAGACCAUUGUCAAGCUCGUCUUCUACGCAGGGAUGAUGGGGUUCAACUUCAUGCAGCUGCUGCUAGGCAUCAACUCCGAUCAGGUCAUGCCACAGGUGAUGCAUUGGUUCAACAUGUUCAUCAACGAGGCAAGGGUGCUGUUUGAGCAGAUCGGGAACAUGGUGUUUGAGCUCAUACGCUCCGCUCCCUUUGGGGAUCAGCUCAUGAAGAUCAUCAAGAUCAUCUGCACCAUCAUCAACUGGUUCCUGAACAAUUUUUUCUUCCCUGUCAUAUGCCCCAUCCUGCACUUUGUAGGUGACGUGUGUACGGGCAUCGGGAAUGCCCUGAAGACAAUCCAUGACAUCAGCAUCAUCGGGAUCAAGCCCUUCACCUGGAUCGUCUACCAGAUAUACCUGGAUGUAGGCAACAAGCUCAAGUCGAUCGAUUGCAAUGCCAGGAAUGUCCUCAAGUGUGACAUUGGGAAUGCCUUCCCACCUCAGGCGGAGGAUGGGACCCUGCCGACGCCCACCCGCUGCUGGGCCAGCUACAUCACCAGCGUGAGCGACGGGGCCCGCCUCUCCUGCUCCGCCUCGGACACCUGCCUUCGCGCCACGGCCUCGAGCGGGUCGGACACGAUGGUGUGCGACGCAUGCCCCUACGGCGGAUCCACCAGCACGGUGGCAAGGUACGGGUGCGAUCCCAUACGGAAACAGUGCAUGUGCAACGUGAUGCAGACCUACGAGACGCCGUGCAUGACGCACGAGCAGUGUGUCAACCAGAUCGAUGCCACCUGCGUCUUCAUGAACAGCGACAUACAGCCGACCUUUGGAAACAUCCCGUGCGCACAGUGCACAACGCAGCCGAUGUGCAUCCUGCAACCCGGAAAGACCUACGGCUCUUGCUCCUGCUUCCUCACGCGGGUGGACCCACAGGGCUGCUCCAUCAGCGAUGUCACCAAGGCGGUGGCACCGAAGCUCUCCGGCCUCUGCCUUGCGCAGGUGACCACCUCCAUGGGUGGGUUCUCGGCAUCCUCCAGCGCGACCUACACGAUAAGCUACAACAACCUCCUCGCCACACCUUGCUACAACAGCAACUACGACCAGGUGUAUUGCUACAGCGUGUUCAGCUCGUUCUUCAGCUUUGCACCGAUGCUCGUCUCCAUUGGCAUCAGCGGCAUGUCUGGCGCCGGCGCCUCGGGCCCUUACGGCCGCCGCCUCCUCGGUUUGGACUCCCCAGAGUUCUACAGCCACGACGCCACCUGCAUGGACGCCUACGACGAAUACCUCCUCUCCAACCGCACCACCCGCGUGUUUGUCUCUUGCAUCACCAGGUUCGCUGCAACCUACGAUGUUGCAAGGCGGCACGGCAUCGAGGAUCGCAUCCCUCCCAACAUGUUUGUGAGCCUCACCGACCUGAUGGAGACCAUAGGGAAUGAUCCCACCGCCCUCCUCCUCCUGCUGUACAAUCCCACCCUCGUGCUGGAGCUUGGCAUGCAGACCAGCAUCUUCCAGCGCUUGCACCGCUACUACCACGUGUGGACGAGGGUGUUCCACGACCUCUACUACGAGAUCGCAAUCCACGGCACGAAGAGGAACAACAGCCUUCAUUAUCGCAUAGAUAUCGACGGCGGGAUGUAUAUCCACGGUGACAACAUCAGCGAGACCACGCUCCUCCUCCUCAACAUCCUCCACAGCCUCUCCUCCCACUUCAACCGCUCGGGGGUAGACGGCCCGCUGGCGAUCCAGAACCAGCUCGCGAUGAAGCACAUCCUCAGCAUCGCCGCCGAUGGGCCUUUUGCCAUGCACCUGCUCGAGAACAUCACCAACGCAUCCAUCGGCAGGCACCUGCUGCAGACCUCAUGGCAGACACAGAGGAGCGAGGUGAAGCGGUUCACCGCCUCCACCUCCCUGAAUGACGGCAUUGUCGAGCCAGUUGGGGCGGCGACCAGCAAUGCCUGGGUGGACAGCCCCUUUGCAUGGCCCGUGAAUUACGACAUCCCGCAGACCCUCGGGUCCUGUGCGCUCCUGUCCAACACACUGACUCUGACGAGGAACGCCUUUGGCAACGUUACACUGUUCUACACCCAGGGCUCCCUCCUCGCCGCCAGCCCCCGCAAGGUGGUUUCAGGCAGCUGGCCCCUAAGCGGCCUGCCGCAGACCAAGACUGUGCCACCGCUGCAGAGGCCCGUCAACGGGGAUUGGAUCUCGACAAUGGUCUUCACUGUCGUGUCCGCACUGGAGCACACGCCGUUCAAUCGGCAGUUCUUCUACAAUGCGCUCAUGGCAUCGCCUGGAUUCCUGCAAGACUUUCUCCGGUGCGACCGGUCGGCCGUGAUGCUGUGCUCCAAGCACAAGUACACACUGCUGGUCUCCGGCAUCGUCGUAGGGAUACUGCUCGCGGGGACCACUGCGGUGAUCACUGCCUUCCAGAUCCCCUACGUGAGCACAUUCCUCUGGGGCACGUACCCAGUCAUCACCAGCUACUACGCCUUUGGUGUCUCCCCCUUCUGCGCACCGAUGAUCCCGACGUGCUUCAUUCAGGACUUUGUGGAUAUUGCCAACGUGUUCUUCCCCUCGUCCUUCCGCUUCCCCGACAGCCUACAGACCUCACCUGGGUGCCUCAACGACCCGGCGGUGGUCAAUAGGGAGGCAUGCAUCAUCCCCUGCAGCGACGCGCCGUUUGAAUUCAAUACGUGGGAAUCCGAGAUCGCAUGGUGGACUUGCUUCAUCUCUACCGACCUCUGCAGGUCUCUGGGGGCGUCCAUCGCUGGAUUCCCGGCCGCGGUUCAGUUCACCUCGCUCAACCGGCACAUAUCUGUCAAGGCAGCCAUCAUCGAUGCAUACCAAGAAGACAUGAUCAACGCACAAUUGAAGACAUACACCAUACUGCUCGAGGUUGUCCGCCACAGCAGGCAGAUGCGGGAUCUCAGAGGCAUCCGCUUCUUCUAUCUCGGGGAGGGUGUCUCUGGCAAGUGCUUCCUUGCCAAGCAGGAGGGGCAUGCCUUGGUGAUCAAGCUCUUUUCAAGUCCAACGCUCUUCAUGGAAGAGACCCAGAUCAACCGAUACCUUCUCGAUCAACUCUCUGACUACAGAGAGAGGGACCAUAUCGGCACCUGGUCGGGAUUUGGGAUGUUGAAGAAGGAAUACAACCGAAUCAUGUACGCCAUCCUCCCCUACCUCGGGGUGCCGACACCGCGUUUCAUCUCAUUCUAUCAACCACACAUGCGGGAGAAGCUAGUAGAGAGCUUCCAGAGGAUCUGCCGCCAACUGGCCCGCCUGCACUCCCUCUCGGUCUAUCACACCGACAUCCGAAACCACAACAUCGUCAUCAACGAGGAUGGCUCUGCUUAUCUCAUCGACUGGGGGAAUGCUUUCAUCCCAAAGCUCCACCCCAAGGCUUACAACAAGGACGGGACAAUAUCCCACCUGCCCAAUCCGACCCUUUGCCCCGAAUCCAUCAAGCUCAAGAUAUCCUGCAUGACCAAGAACACCAUGGAUUAUCCGAUCGUGUGCAGGGCCAAUGCCUUCACCUACCACGACCUGGAGGCCACGGACUUCUACGCACUGACGAUGGUGUUUGUCAAGAUCUGCAAGGCAUGCAUCCAGAACGAUAUACACCUGCGGGAUGCCAUCGGCGGGUUCCUGCAAUGCAUCUACGAGAAUUGCAACAACAACCAGGACAUAUUGAGACCAUUCAUACUGGAGGCGAUCAUGGAGCACUUCGACGCACACCAGUGCAUGGAAUUCUUCAAGGCAUGGAGUAUAUUGAACUCGAAUUGA